AUGGCGGCGACCGGCCAACGAGGGCUUGCGGCCUUGCUAGGGGCCGGCAAUGCUCGGCUCACCGGGGCCGGCGGCGCCCCGGCGAGGUCGCUGCCCUUGACAGCCGCUUACGAGUCCCCAGUUGCUCCAUCCAUUGAAAAAAUGUCCCCUGUUUCAGUGCUCUGUUUCUUGCUCUUUCACCUGCUAAUUCCUUCCCCAGCGCAAGCGGACGGUGAUAUAACCAUCGGAUCUUCUCUGACCGCAAAAAAGGACAACUCUUCAUGGCUUUCACCUUCCGGGGACUUUGCAUUCGGCUUUCGUACCUUACCUGCCAACCCCGACAACCACGGUGAGGUCUUCUUGCUCUCCAUUUGGUAUAACAAGAUACCUUCGAGAACAAUCGUCUGGUUCGCAAAUGGAGAUCAUCCUGCACCUGAAAAUUCGAAGCUAGAGUUCACUUCCGACCUUGGCUUGGUUCUCAUUGAUCCACGAGGAGAAAGAUUGUGGAUAUCAGAGAACAUCGUCGGUACUAUCUCGCAUGCUACCAUCAACGACACAGGCAAUUUUAUUAUUCUCGGUUCAAAUUUGGAGAAACUAUGGGAAAGCUUUGAAGAUCCCGACGACACAUUGCUUCCUUCACAAACGCUGGGAAAAAAUAAGUCCCUUUCCUCUCGUCAAUCAGAAGGAAGCUUUUCCAGAGGAAAAUUCCAGCUUCGGAUGCUGGACAGCGGAGACCUCGUACUCAACACCAUAAACCUGCCUUCCAGUUAUGCAAACAAACCUUAUUACAGCACUAAAACUGCCCGAAAUUCGAACACGUCAAGCCCGGGAAAGAAGUCGUGUUCGACGAUUCAGCUUCCAUUUGUUCUGAGAGAGAAUGACGAUAAAGUUUACCUCUCGCAGGUGAAAGUACCUUCAGCAUCAGAUUUUUACCAUAGAAUUACGCUGAACUUUGAUGGGGUUUUGACUCAAUACGUACACCCCAAGAAUUCUAAUUCUAAUGGAACCUGGACCUCUCUGUGGUCUGAACCUGAAAAUAUAUGCACUGCCGUUCUUGCUCCACGCGGCUCUGGUGUUUGUGGCUACAACAGUAUUUGUUCCCUGGGUAACAAUAACAGGCCGAAAUGUGGCUGCCCCGACAAAUACACUUUGCUUGACCCUAAUGAUGAGUAUGGCAGUUGCAUACCUAACUUCACGCUGAGUUGUGAGGAAGAUGAAAAGAAGCUGAAGCAAGGUUCCGUAGAGGAUCUUUACACUUUCGUCGAGCUAGAGCACAUGGGUUGGCUGAUGUCUGAUUAUGCCCUGCUGAAGCCUUUCUCUGAAGACGAAUGCAGAAACUCAUGCUUGCAUGACUGCAUGCGUGCGGCUGCCGGUUUCAGAGAUGGCAACAGUUGCUGGAAAAAGAAGCUUCCCCUGUCCAACGGAAGAGUUGAUCCUAAAUUGAAAGGAAAUCGGAUCAGUGCUAUUCGAACUUCUGCGUCUGUCAAUUUUCUACUCAUCACUUGGGGGAUUUUCUUUGUCUACCGCAAGAAGCUCAAGAAUAUAUCCACCAAAGAGAACUUCGUGGAAUCAAAUUUGCGUUAUUUCACUUACCAAGAGCUUUUCCGAGCCACGGAUGGGUUCAAGGAAGAGAUAGGCCGGGGAUCUUUCGGGAUUGUUUAUAAAGGGGUGAUGUCCAACGAUGCACCAAUUGCCGUGAAGAAGCUAGCUAGUGGGAUGCAAAACAAGGAGAGGGAGCUCAGAACAGAAGUCGAUGUGAUAGGCCAGACCUUUCACAAGAAUCUGGUUAGAUUACUUGGUUUCUGUGAUGAAGGCCAAGAAAGGUUGCUCGUCUAUGAGUUCUUGAGCAAUGGCACACUAUCAAGCCUUCUCUUUUCAGGUGAAUCCAAACCCAGUUGGAUCCAGAGAUGCCAUAUUGCUUCAGGAAUUGCCAGGGGAUUACUAUACUUGCAUGAAGAGCGCACUACACAAAUCAUCCACUGUGAUAUAAAGCCACAGAACAUACUUCUUGAUGACUACUACAACGCGAGAAUCUCCGAUUUUGGACUUGCCAAGCUCCUGAAGAUGAGCCAGAGCCAUACUCAAACGAAUAUAAGAGGAACAAGAGGGUACAUCGCUCCUGAAUGGUUCAGGAACUUGCCCAUCAGUGUGAAAGUGGAUGUCUAUAGCUACGGGGUGUUGCUUCUGGAGAUAAUAUGCUGCAGGAGACGUUGCGGGACUGAGGUGAGCAGAGAAAGUGAGGGAGGGCUCUUGACUCAUUGGGCUUAUGAUUGCUUCAUGCAUGGAAGGCUGGAUGCUCUGGUUGAAGGUGACACGGAGGGUCUGAGUAACAGGGUGAAGCUGAAGAAUUUGGUCAUGAUCACGUUAUGGUGUAUUCAAGAGGACCCUUCCUUGAGGCCAACGAUGAAGAAGGUGACACAGAUGCUGGAAGGAGCAGUGGAAGUGCCUGUCCCUCCAUGUCCAUUCCCCUUGAACAGAAGCACCUCCUCUUUCCUUCAGCCAAAUUGA